ACGUGAUAACACGUGUUUAGAGCCGCGGUGUGUUGUCCGUUGGUCCCUGAACGCAUCGCGGUGGCAGUCAGUGCGUGAUAUCCUUCCGCGGGAGAGAAGCGCGCGGCCCUUUCCCGGCGGAGCAGCGACUCGUUACCGGCCGCUCACACCGCAACAUCACGCAGCACCAGAGACCCGCACCGAUCCGCACCGGGGAUCUCCCGCUUCUUCUACCACGGAACGAACCCGCCCCGAGGCCGGCACCGACCGAUCCGCCCGCUGAGCGCCAACAGACCGACCCGAGCAGCAGACAGCGGCCGAGAGAGAGCGAGAGAGAGAGAGCCGCGGGACGAUGGAGCUCAUCACCAUCCUCGAGAAGACCGUCUCUCCAGAUCGAAAUGAACUGGAGGCGGCACAGAAGUUUCUGGAGCAGGCGGCGAUAGAGAACCUGCCCACAUUCCUGGUGGAGUUGUCCAAAGUCUUGGCGAACCCUGGGAACACUCAGGUGGCUCGUGUUGCUGCCGGUCUGCAGGUGAAGAACUCUCUGACGUCCAAAGACCCAGACGUGAAGACGCAGUACCAGCAGAGAUGGCUGGCCAUCGACGCCAACGCUCGCCGCGAGAUCAAGAACUACGUUUUACAGACUCUUGGCACGGAGACGUACCGGCCCAGCUCAGCGUCGCAGUGUGUGGCCGGCAUCGCCUGUGCAGAGAUCCCCGUCAACCAGUGGCCUGAGCUCAUCCCUCAGCUGGUCGCCAAUGUCACCGACCCGUCCAGCACGGAACACAUGAAGGAGUCCACGCUGGAGGCCAUCGGAUACAUCUGCCAGGAUAUCGACCCGGAGCAGCUGCAGGAGAAUGCCAACCAGAUCCUGACAGCCAUCAUCCAGGGCAUGAGGAAGGAGGAGCCCAGCAACAAUGUGAAGCUGGCUGCCACCAACGCUCUGCUCAACUCUCUGGAGUUCACCAAGGCCAACUUCGACAAGGAGACGGAGAGACACUUCAUCAUGCAGGUGGUGUGUGAGGCGACGCAGUGUCCCGACACCAGAGUGCGCGUGGCGGCUCUGCAGAACCUGGUGAAGAUCAUGUCUCUGUACUACCAGUACAUGGAGACGUACAUGGGCCCUGCGCUGUUCGCAAUCACCAUCGAGGCGAUGAAGAGUGAUAUAGACGAGGUGGCUCUGCAGGGCAUUGAGUUCUGGUCCAACGUGUGUGAUGAGGAGAUGGACCUGGCCAUCGAGGCCUCCGAGGCCUCGGAGCAGGGCCGCCCCCCGGAGCACACCAGUAAGUUCUACGCCAAAGGUGCGCUGCAGUACCUGGUCCCCAUCCUGACCCAGACCCUCACCAAGCAGGACGAGAACGACGACGAUGACGACUGGAACCCGUGUAAGGCGGCCGGUGUGUGUCUGAUGCUGCUCGCCACCUGCUGCGAAGAUGACGUGGUUCCUCACGUCCUGCCCUUCAUCAAAGAGCACAUCAAGAACCCCGACUGGCGCUACAGAGACGCCUCCGUCAUGGCGUUCGGAUCCAUCCUGGAAGGACCGGAACUCAACCAGCUCAAACCCCUGGUCAUACAGGCUAUGCCGACGCUGAUUGAGCUGAUGAAGGACCCGUCUGUGGUGGUGCGGGACACGACGGCGUGGACGGUGGGGCGGAUCUGUGAGCUGCUGCCCGAAGCCGCCAUCAACGAGGUGUACCUGGCGCCGCUGCUGCAGUGUCUGAUCGAGGGGCUGGGGGCGGAGCCCAGAGUGGCCUCCAACGUCUGCUGGGCGUUCUCAUCUCUGGCAGAGGCGGCGUACGAGGCGACGGACGCGGCGGAGGAUCAGGAGGAGCCCAGCACCUACUGUCUGUCCUCGUCCUUCGAAAUCAUCGUGCAGAAACUGCUGGAGACCACGGACAGACCCGAUGGUCACCAGAACAACCUGCGCUCUGCGGCCUAUGAGGCGCUGAUGGAGAUCGUGAAGAACAGCGCAAAGGACUGCUACCCUGCGGUGCAGAAGACCACACUGGUCAUCAUGGAGCGGCUGCAGCAGGUGCUGCAGAUGGAGUCUCACAUCCAGAGCACCUCAGACAGGAUCCAGUUCAACGACCUGCAGUCGCUGCUGUGCGCCACGCUGCAGAACGUGCUGAGGAAGGUGCAGCACCAGGACGCGCUGCAGAUCUCUGACGUGGUCAUGGCGUCGCUGCUCAGGAUGUUCCAGAGCACCGCCGGCUCCGGAGGCGUUCAGGAGGACGCCCUAAUGGCCGUGUCCACACUGGUGGAAGUCCUGGGCAGUGACUUCCAGAAGUACAUGGAUGCCUUUAAACCGUUCCUGGGGAUCGGACUGAAGAACUAUGCCGAGUAUCAGGUGUGUCUGGCGGCCGUGGGGCUGGUCUGUGACCUGUGCAGAGCGCUGAUGUCCAACAUCCUGCCUUACUGUGACGAGAUCAUGCAGCUGCUGCUGGAGAACCUGGGGAAUGAGAAUGUCCACCGGUCAGUGAAGCCUCAGAUCCUGUCGGCGUUCGGGGACAUCGCCCUCGCCAUCGGAGGAGAGUUUAAGAAGUACCUUGAUAUCGUCCUGGACACACUGCAGCAGGCAUCUCAGGCUCAGGUGGACAAGACGGACUACGACAUGGUGGACUACCUGAAUGAGUUGAGGGAGGGCUGUCUGGAGGCCUACACCGGGAUCAUUCAGGGCCUGAAGGGGGACCAGGAGAACGUCCACCCCGACGUGAUGCUGGUCCAGCCGCGGGUCGAGUUCAUCCUCUCCUUCAUCCAUCACAUCGCCGAGGACGAGGACCAUUCUGACGGCGUGGUGGCCAAUGCCGCCGGACUCAUCGGUGACCUGUGCACGGCGUUCGGUAAAGACGUGAUGAAGCUGGUGGAGGUUCGUCCACUCAUCAACGACCUGCUGACGGAGGGUCGGCGUUCCAAAGCCACCAAGACCAAGACGCUCGCCACUUGGGCCACCAAGGAGCUACGCAAGCUCAAGAGCCAGGCCUGAUGGCGCCAGUGGUCGGAGCGGAGCGACUGGAAUAAAAACUCUUCUGUGUUUGUGUCGAGCGUCGGCUCGAAGCAGAAGUCAGACGACACGAGUGUGUGAGAGAGAGAGACGUGUGAGCGAGCGAGAGACGAUGACAUCACACCACCUUCAGUUCCAGCAGGCGACCCCCCCCCCCCCCCCCCCUCCCCUCCCUCCCGGACGGCCUGUGGACUGGACUCUGACUCCCCCUCCUCCCCCCAAAAAAUCAAAUCAAACUUGGAACCCUCCUCCCACAAUCCACCUCUUCUCUCGCCGUAGCCGGGCUCUCCUGCGACAACACGAUGACGUCACCGACCCGCUGCCGCCGCCCCUCAAGCCGGGGGAGGAGGGGGGGGAGGAGGGGAAACAAACACGACGAGAAAAUAAAAGACUUUUGUGGAAUCAAAGAUAAAAACUGAGCGGACUUUGUGGACUUCUUCUGUGGAAAACUUUAGAUUUUUGUUGCUCUUAUUUUUCUUCUUCUUCUUCCGAGCACUAAAACAGCGAAGGAGAUGUGACGGACGUCCAGCGGCGCCGUCUUCAGUGCUCUUAUCCAAACAACAACAGCACUAAAUUCCUACAAAAUAAAAGUAAAAAUCCUGCGAGGAGCGAGUGCCAAAUGGAAAUAGUUUAGCGGAGAAUAAAAGGAAGUGAGCUGCUGGUGAAGCGUUUCAGUUUUUAUUUCCCGCUGCACCUGGUUUGGGGAAAGGGUCACUCACCAUUUUUGCUUGUUUAAAAGAAAAAUUGAAAGAAUUGAAGACGUUUGUAUAAGGUUAUAUUUUUCCAUUGCUAUGAUGAAAAUAAAGUGAUAUGAAACAUUCCCCAAGCAGUUCUGGUGAUUUCGGUGUUUCACGUUCUGGACUCUUCUGCCGACCGGAAGCUCCGCCCCCGUCAGUUUGUUUACUCGGCGCCACAAAGAACCAUGAUGUUUGUUUUCCUGUUUUUUAACUCUUCUUCAUGGCUUGUAUGGCAGCAGCAGCUCAGCUGGACGUUUGUAGUUUCUGGGCUGCACGGAGCGGCGAGUGCCGCCUGCCGCCGCCACCUCGGCUCCACGGCCGACCGCUUCACUUUCACUCUCCGACCAGAAUCCGUUGGCACGACGACGACUUCCUGAGACACAAACGAACAAGAUCUCAGCAGGAAGUCGAGCUGAAAUCUUUCAGCUGGAGGUGAAGUGUUUCCAGCCUCUGAGCUUUUAUUUUGUAGCGGUGCGGCGGCUGUUGGGAGGAGGUACUUCCUGUUGACAUGAUGAAACUGGCAACUCGAUUAUUACUGAUUGUGAAUCAUUUAAAGCCAAUCUGCUUUUUAUUUCAUAUUCAACUUUAGUGAACUAAUAAAGUCUAUAUUGUACUGAA